UCGUGCGGGGUGCGGGUGCGGGGACUCAGUUGACGAGUUUUAUUUGACCCGAACUGACGCUGCGCGGGAACAUAAUGGCUGAUCGUUUUACCGAAGUACAAAUGCUGAAGCUGGUAAAAAUAUAUCGAGAUUAUCCAUGUUUAUGGAAUGUUAAUAGCGAAUUCUAUAAAAACAGAAAUACGAGAGAUAGUGCAUACAAAGAAAUUUGGGAAAAGUUAAACAUCCCUGGUCUCUCGGUCAAGGAUAUACCGAAAAAAAUUAAAAAUAUGAGGUCAUCUUACUAUCAAGAAUUAAAAAAAAUCGAAAAAAGCCGAUCAGACGUUGGUCAGGAUUCUAUCUACCAGCCAAAGGUUUCGUGGUUUACAACAGCUGAUGGAUUUUUAAGGAUGGUCAGGAAUAAUCAGGAAACAUUCGCGAAUAUUGAUGAAAAUUCAGCUUCAGACAACUCUGAAACACAAAAUAACGAAUACUGUUUAAAUGAAGAUAAUUCAAAUGCUGCUGCAGAUGAUAUAAAUCAUUCAGAUGAUAAUAAUGAAACGAAUAACGAUGAUAAUCACCAAUAUGAAGAAUUUACUAUACCAUUAGUGAAACCAUUAAAAAAGACGAAAAAGAAAAAAGAACAACAAAUAUUUAUAGCUAUUGAAAGACUAGAUAACAUUGCCAAAGCGGUUACAAAUACAACGAAUUCUCUAAUAAAUAACAAAGAGGAUGAAUUUGAUACUUUCGGAAAAUAUAUAGCAAUGUCUUUACGUACUUUGCCAGGUGAAUUAGGCGUUAUUGCAAAAACAGAUAUUCAAAAGGCAUUAUCAGAUAUUCAAAUUAAGGCUUUAAGACAAAAAAGUCAAACUGUGCCGUUAUUGUACCAAGCUUCGAUGUCUUAUGAUCCUGAUUCAGAGAGUCCCAGAAAACGUAUUAAGCUUGAAGUGCCAGCGGAAGACCCUUAAUCUUAAAACUUAAAUAUUAGGACUUAAAUUAUACUGACAAAAAAAAUUAGACAAGCGAGUUUGUUGUCCACUUUUUUGGAUUAAAUUAAAAGCAGUGACUCGUACGACGGAGAUAGAUUUUCCAAUAUUAAAACAUCACAGAAUUGACAGCACGUGUGUACUUAUUAUUGGCAACUUCAAAUUAUUUUUAAAUUGCAAAAUAAAUGGUAUACAUUCUUGAGUGUUUUGACUGUUUUCUCUUUAAAUUAAGAUAUAAAAAUUUAUAUGGUCUCCU